AUGGCCCAUCCUUCCACUUUCCCGGCUGAGCAAUGGCUAGCUCGGUGGCGCGGGACGCCAGGGCUACUCAACCUCGCCGUCACAUACGCCUGUCCAAUAUCGAUUGACGACUUGAUCAGUUUAUCGACAGAAGACGAUGACGGACCAGUCAUCACCAGCUCAAAACUCGGCUAUGGCAGCAUCAACGGAUCAAGCGAGCUAAGGCAGAGCGUGGCCAAGCUCGCCAGCGGGCAGGAGACUCGUCUUACAGAGGACGAUGUGAUUAUCACACAAGGAGCCAUCUCGGCCAACUUUCUCGUUCUGUACGCGCUCCUUGGCCCAACUGAUCAUGCAAUCUGCGUCUACCCGGUCUAUACGCAGCUCUACUCUGUGCCCGAGACUUUUGGAUCCCAAGUAUCUUUUUGGCAGCUCAAGGAGGAGAACGGUUUCAUCCCCGACGUGCAAGACUUGAACGAGCUCUUUCAACGCAACACCAAGAUGAUCAUCCUGAACAACCCCAACAACCCAACUGGUGCCGUGAUACCCGAGGCCGUCCUGCGGGACAUUGUCGAGAUUGCAAAAGCGCGGGGCGUCAUCGUCUUUAGCGACGAAGUAUAUCGGCCACUAUUUCACGAGCCGGAGAAUGCCCCGCCACCGAUUACGACGUUUGGCUACACGAGGACGCUCGCCUCCGGGUCCAUGUCCAAGUCUCUGUCGCUGCCGGGCAUCCGGAUCGGGUGGGUGGCCUCGCCGGACAAGGAGCUCAUCGCGGCGUGCUCGCGGCGCCGCAACUACACAACCAUCAGCGUGUCGCAGGUCGACGACCAGAUCGCCACCUACGCGCUGUCGCCCGCGGUGCAGCCGGCGCUGCUGCAGCGCAACAUUGGCCUGGCGCGCCGCAACCGCAGGCUGGUGGCGGCCUUUGUGGCCAGGCACGCCGACCGCUGCCGGUGGGUGUGCCCCGGCGGCGGCACCAUGGCCUGGAUCCAGUUCCGCGGCGCGGCGAGCGGCCGGCCGGUGGACGACGAGGCUUUUUGCACGCGUGUCGUCGACGAGUGCAAGGUGCUGCUGGUCCCCGGGUCGCACAGCUUCGGCUGCGGCGAGGACUUUGCGGGCUACGUGCGGCUGGCGUACGUGUGCGACACGGCCGUGGUGGAAGAGGGCCUCGCGCGGCUGAGCAAGUAUCUAGAGGAGCAUCUGCAGGACUGA